AGUCUGUUUCAUGUAAUGGCGUCUAGCAGUUACAGCAGCAGAUCUGUGGAUGUUCAGGUUGCUUUGCAGAAAGCCAAGAAGAAGAUCUGUGAUCUGCAGCAGCAGCUGGAAGAAAAGAGUUUGGAGGAUCCAAACGUCAUCAGUUCUCCAUCAUGGACCUCCAAGAAGGAACUCAGGGACUCGCUGGUGGAUAUGUACAGAGUUAAUCCCAAAGUAAACGAGGAGCUGCGCCAACGCCUGCCUUCACCUUCCAGGCAUCACCUUAGCAACACAAACAGAUCAGGAAGUAGCCUGAGUCUGGACCACAGCUCACCUCAGGCCCCUUCCUGCCUUCCAGAGUUACCAGUCUGUUGCUCUCCUAGCUCUGACCGGUCCCCUGCCUGGAGGACUGCCUCUCUUGUUUCGCCUCCGUCCAUCAGGAGCGCCUCGGCUGCACUGUGUUCAGGCUUACCAGGAGGCAGAGGGGAGAUGGAGGCAGGCAUCCUGCAGAGCGAUGACCCUUUUCCUUGGGCAGAGAGCUCACAGAACUGUUUAGAUGAAGAAGGAGCAUUAAGAGGUCCAAAGAGUCCAGUCUUAGAAAGAAACCUGGAGCCUGCUGGAAACAGCUCUCCUCAGAUCUCUGCCUCCAGCCCACGUCAGACUGUGACUCCAACCCGAAACAUCUCCUUCUUACUGAAGGAGCUCGACGCCAUGAGGGAACUUAACAACAAGCUUCAAGUGCAGAUGGUUCAGAAAGAGAAGGAGCUGCUGCAGAGAGAGGUGGACGAAGAGCUGAAGGAGCAGCAGCGAGAGGCCCGACACUGGGAGAGACCCAUGGAGGUGCUGGAGGAGAUGUUGGCAGCUCAAAAGGACCGAGACCAGGCUCUGAUGUCACGACUACUGCUGGCCAAUGAGGAGAGAGAUGAAGCUUUACUCCGUGCCCGCCGACUGCAGGAGGCUGCUGGUAUUCCUUCUCCACGGCAUGAUGCUGCCACCAUCAUAUGUUACUGUGGGGAAAGUCGGAUGAUAUCAGCCUGCAGGACGUUGACAUGGACAUCAAAGAUCUCCUUGAGCAUGUCUGCGAAGCCGACUCAGUCCAGGAAGUGAGGCAAUUCGGCUCAGCUCUAGUUCAGCGCGUACGGCUAGCACAACAGCGAAGGAGUGACAUCACUGCUCAGGAGAUGAAGGCCG